GUGAGUUGGUUUGGUUUGCUCUGACAUGUUCUUAGCUGUAAAUCUCAUAACUUGAGAGUUUGAAAGAGACAAUAAAGAGUUUGAAGGAGACAAAGUCAUCAAACUAGGACCGUUUCCAAUAUUGCUCAUAUUUUUGUUGUUGUUGUUGUUUUGGAAUUUUAUUAGAUUUCUGGGUUUGGAAGAUUUUUGGGAAUGGCAACGUUUGCAGGGACUACCCAAAAGUGCAAGGCAUGUGAGAAAACUGUGUACUUUGUUGAUCAGCUUACUGCUGAUAGCAAGGUCUACCACAAGGCUUGCUUCAGAUGUCACCACUGUAAGGGUACCCUUAAGCUGAGCAAUUAUAGCUCCUUUGAGGGUGUUUUGUAUUGCAAGCCUCACUUUGAUCAACUGUUUAAAAUGACUGGCAGCUUGGAUAAAAGUUUUGAAGGUACUCCAAGAACUGUUAGAGCUGACAGAUCUGCCAAUCAGGUCCAGACCAACAGCAGAGUUUCAAGUUUGUUUGGUGGGACUAAAGAAAAAUGUGUUGCUUGCAAUAAAACUGUCUACCCAAUUGAAAAGGUGGCGGUUGAUGGUGAAUCAUAUCAUAAGUCUUGCUUCAGGUGCACUCAUGGAGGGUGUGUGAUCAGCCCAUCAAACUAUGUAGCCCAUGAACAUCGUCUGUAUUGUAAGCACCACCACACCCAACUAUUCAAGCAGAAGGGAAACUUCAGCCAAUUUGGCAAUGGCAAGAAUGAACAAGUUACGGUGGUAGCUGUAGCUGUAGCUGAGAAUGCAGCAGCAGAAUAGUACUGUGAAAGUUUUCAUAUUAUAACGUUAUAUCACACGGAUGGUGGGUUCUAAGCAAGACUUGAGAUGCAACUGUUAUAGCAUACAAGAAGAGAUUUUAGAAUUGCGUUUCUUCUAUAUGUGUAAUGUGUUCAUAAGGUAUUAAGUCUUUGGUAGAGUUGCAGUACGUUGCUGAUUUUGAGUGUGAGCUUUGAAUAGUUCCUAUGUAGAGUUGUGUUUAGUUCCUUUUACAAACCAUUUGGCAAGCCCAAUUUUCCUGUUUUCCGUCUUUGAUAUAAAGCUUGGUGUGGCUUCAUUUUCUA